AGGGUUCUGGGGCAGAGGGAGAGCUAGCUGAGGAAGUCACCUGCUCAGAGCUCAGCAGGAGUGUACCGUUACAACUGGGGUGACUCCCUUGGGACUUUACAAGUCUAAUAGGAAGAAAGUCCAUAAACUCAUCGUAGAGCAAAGUACAGAACCAACUGCAUUCUUUGCCUCCAGAAGAUCCAACCUGCAUUCAUUAAACAUGGUGCGGAAGAUCAUCCGGUCCCUGACAGCAAGCCAACUUCUCUUACUGGUUUUAUCUUUGCCACAGGGAAGGACAAGUUCUGUUUUGACUGUGAAUGGUAGAACUGAGGACUAUAUCCUGGACACUUACUAUGGUAUCCAAGCAUCUCUGGAAUGUGCUGUUCAAAACCACACCAGAGAUGAAGAACUUCUCUGGUACAGAGAAGCUGGAAGAGUAGAUUUGAAAAAUGGAAACAAAAUCAACACCAGUUCUGUCUGUGUCUCUCCCAUCAACGAAAGCGACAAUGGAGUCAGCUUUACCUGCAAGCUACAGCGUGAUCAGACGGUGUCCAUUACAGUGGUGCUCAAUGUUACUUUUCCUCCUCUUUUAAGUGGAAAUGGCUUCCAAACCGUGGAGGAAGGCAGCGAUGUAAGGUUGGUUUGCAACGUGAAGUCCAACCCUCAAGCGCAAAUGCUGUGGUACAGAAACAACAGCGCCUUGGUUUUAGAGAAAGGCCGUCACCAAAUCCAACAGACAAGGGAGUCUUUUCAGUUGUCAAUCACCAGAGUCAAGAAGUCUGACAACGGGACCUACAACUGUAUUGCUAGCUCAUCUCUGAAAACGGAGACCAUGGACUUCCACCUGGUUGUUAAAGACAAAGUUCCUGUCAUGCCGAUAGAGCCCAUCAUUGCUGCUUGUGUUGUGGUCUUCCUGACGCUGGCUUUUGCACUGCUUUCUAGGAGGGAAAGAAUAAUGAAGCUCUGCGUGAAAGAGAGUGGCCGGAAUUCAGAAACAGCUCUAUAAAUAAAAAAUAAAAUAAAAGCCGAGCUGCCACCUAACGUGAAGAGUUUCGCAUCAGGACCUUCUCGAUUUGUACAACGCCAUCUGUAUAUAUCGCUAUUUUAAAAUUCACUCCUGUUAAAUUGUCAGAGGUUACAAAGGAGUAUUUAGUUAAUUACUAGGCAGUUGUUAUGACUAAUUUGAUCGACUUAUUGAACUAUGAUAUGGGCACGGGUUCAAAAUAGAAAGAUUUCAGGAAGCCCUCUCCUGAAGUAUGUUGAUUAAUUUCAAUUCAUUCCUAAUAGAACGGUAACCACCCACUAUUCGACUCAUAGUUUUCUACACAGGAGAUUAACUGAUAUUUGGAUGUUCUAAAUCAGUGCAGUAGCUAAGAAUGGAAGCAGUGACCAACAUAGAACGAUGACAUUCCUAAGUUGCCAGGGAGCACGUAGAGAUAUAAACUGUCCCCUGCAUUCGAUGUCAUCCCAUCAAUGUUUUGGGACUAAAGGAGGGAAGACCUAAUCUCAGAGUGUAAGACAGUCCUCCAGGUGGAAUAAAUUUUGUAUCAUGAGGA